AUGCGCGGGGCUCGGCCCUGCCUGAGGGGCAGCGGCCGGGCCGUGUGGGAGCGCAGGGCUCGGGCUAUUCAGGAGGACCUUCAGAAGCUUAAUGGAAAAAACAACUUGAAAGGAAAUGCAGAAGCUGUGGAUAUAUGUGACCCCAGAAAAGCCACUGAAAGGACUGAACUUGGGCUGAGAAAACAUGCUGAAAAUUAUUUCAAUGUUACAAAUGGCCAAGAGUUAACUCUUUCCUCAGCUGGUAAUAAAGAAGUAAAUUCCAAAGAGCCCCCUAAGUGGAAUCCUCCUUCUGGUGCCUGUCAGCAGCAGCUGGUUCUGCCCCGCGUGGAGCCCGUGGCUGUGCAGAGGUGCAGCAGAUCAGCCCCACGUGUGUGCCAGGGCCCUCAGCAGCAGGUGGAAAUGGAUUUUAAAAUUAUGCUUGACCCAGAGAGCGUGGAGAAUAAUGCUGGUGUAAAACAUCCCAACGAUGACACCAGGCUGCCACUUAUAGCUAAGAAAAAAUCUCCUCCUGGGUGCAGUCAGAGGACAGGGAAGGAUCCCACAGUCACCAGCCCUUGGGCUUUGCCUGCCUUCCUCUCCCUGGGCUCUCCCCUAGCCCUGGUAGAAGAGGACACCCCAAAAGGUGCCCUGAGCCUCACUGGCCAGAGGCUCAUCCUUCCAGCAGCACAGAGAGCUCUGCCAGCCCCUCCUGCUGUGCCCAGAGCAGCUCCUUCCCCUCAGUUCCCCAGGCAGCACAAGAAAGCAGCUCCAGGAGAGAUCAGUAGCAGGCUGGACCCUGGGAACACAGACACCAUCCCCUUCCCAAAGCCAAAGGAAGCAAUUCAUGGCACAUAUUCCUCUAGUAAAGGGAGCAUUGCACCACUCCCACCCAGCAAUUCUGUUGUUUCAAUAAGGAAAUCAAGGCCAGCGUGGAGGUGUCCAGCUCAGCAGUUGGAAUCUGAGGUGCACAUUCCCCCUCAGACACAGCCCCCCCAAACAGCUCAGCCUUUCCAGGAUCCCUGCUUGGACUGGGACAUUGCUGUUCACCAGAAAGCUCCCAGUGUUCUGGCCCUCCAACACCUCCAUCAUUCCUCCUGGGGGAGCAUUGUGGGGUUUUUGGCACCCACAGAAAAGCUCCUCAAAGACCACUCUGUCCCCUUGGCCACCAUCAACAGCCAAAGGUUGACACAAACCACCUCGGACUUGGAUUUCAGAGAGAAUCCCCCCCAAAGUGACGCUUUGUCAGUGCUGAAGAAUCAGUCAGCUGUGGAGAGGAUCCCGAGCCGGGGGGGCAGCGCAGGGGCUGCUGCAGGGAGGCAGAGGGGGGCUCCCAGCCCCGUGCCAGGCUGGGGGCAGCAGCAGCACUGGGCAGCAGGUGUGAUCAGCUCUUCCUGGCGCUCCUGGAAUCACCUGGCAGGGCUGAGGAACGCCCUGAGGGAAGCACGCCGCAGACACCUGGAGAAUUUCUACAGCAGGGCCAAGCAUCUGGCAGCCAACUGGAAUCGCAUCAGGACCUCCAGGAGGACUAUUAUCCAUAUCCCAUCAUUAGGAUAUUCCCAGCACAUCCGUGAGCACAUCCCUGACCUUGCUCUCCAGCAGAACCUGCAGAUGGGGAGGCUCUGUGACAUCCUGGAUGCCAACGUGGACGUCAUCUACAUCUGCCCCCUUGCUCUGAGUGAGGAGCUACUGCAGUAUUACAAUAAACUCCUGGGUCUGCAGGCAGCUGUUAGAUCUGGGAACCCUGAGGACAUGGCUGACCUGCAGGACAGGUUCAAAAUUCUCACCCCUGAAGCUAUAAACAGCUUCCCUGAGCAUCACAUGUGCCUGGCCACUGUGCUCAAGUACAGCCCCAGGACAAUGCAGAGGCUGCAGGUUCUGCUCCAGGGCAGGGAUGCCUACAUGGUUGGGGGUGUUCCCCACCUGGAUGAUUUGGCUGUGGCUGACCAGCUCCAGGUGCCACUGCUGGGCUCAGAGCCAGCAGUGGCUCAGCUCUACAGCACCAAGUCUGGCAGCAAGAGAAUCUUUGCCAGUGCUGGAGUGCCAACCCCUCCUGGAGAGUGGGACAUCCACAGCAGGGAGCAGCUGCUCCGUGCCCUCAGCCAGCUCGUCCUGGACAAUCUGGAGGUGCAGCGCUGGCUCUUCAAGGUGGAUGAUGAGCGUGCAGGAGAUGGCACUGCCUUCUGUGAUGUCACUUCCCACCUGGAAUGCUACCCCUGGAUCCAGAGGGAGCAGCAGGGACACGGCCCCGAGGUGUGGAGUGAGAGCCAGGCUCGUGAGCUAGCUUUGGUGAAGAUCUCCCAGGAGCUGCCGGGCCUUUUAGCACAGCACGUACAGCCAGUCAAUGAGAAACGAUUCCCUACAUGGGAAAAAUUCCUCCAAACAUUUCUUACUCAAGGUGGGGUGAUCGAAGCCUUCCCGUCCUCGGGCAGCGUCACCAACCUGACAGUGGAUCUGCUGAUCGAGCCCACGGGGGAGGUGACACUGCUGGCAUCUGGAGAUCAGCUCCACGCUGAGGGGCCCCUCAGAUCUUCUGGCACCACCAUCCCCCAGCGUUCCGUGGAUCCUGAGGCUCUCCAAGCUCUCUGCCUGAAGGUUGGCGAGGCCUGUAAAUCCAGAGGAGUGCUCGGCUACUUCUCCGUGGACUUCGUGGCUUUCACCCAUCCCCAGACGGGGGAGCAGCAGGUGUGGGCAACAGACCUUGACCUUUGCUACAGUGACCAGCUGGCCCUGAGUCAGCUCCUGGUGUACCUGACAGAUGGAAAUGUGGAUCGUGGCUCCAGCAUCCUGCAAGCACCUCUGGGAGCAAAGGAGAGCAAAAGCCAAUGGGAUCAGCACGAGGGGCCCAAACCUCCUGCCCCCAGCAGCCCCCGCUGUGCCGUGGCCAGCAGCCAGCUGAGGCACUCCAGCCUCUCAGGGAUCUCCUACAACCUCCUCCUCCACGUGUGCAAAGCUCAUGGGAUUGGAUUUGACCUCCAGGAAAAACAAGGAACAAUUUUUGUGUUGUAUGAAGACAAGAAGCGACACAGCCUGGGAAUGAUAACAAUCGGAGAGGAUCUCCAGGGGGUCCUCCUGACCUUUGCUCGCAAUCUCUUCAUCAUCCAUCAAGAAAUAUCAGCACCUAAUAUGCAAGGCGAGACCAAUUUUAAGAUGGCAAUCCGAGAUAUUGAAGCAAUUCUAGGAGUUACAGCAGAGAACAAACUGAGAUUGGAAGAAGAGCAACCUUGGGAAGCAGAUGCUCUGAAAGAAUAGUUAACAGAAAAUGUUCAAGUGCCUCAUUCCUUAUGCUUUUGGAAAUGCUUCCUCAUCUGUAAGAACAGGUUUGGUUUUCCUUCUGAGCUGGUGUGUGAAGUAACAAGAACUGAGACAGAAAAUCUCUGUGGCACUGGGAACAUCCCACCUUUCUGGCUGGAAAGCACAGGAUCAUCCUAAUGCUCCUCAUGUCCCUGUGGUCGUUCCUGGAGUUCAGCAUGUGGCUUAAAAAUCUUAUUAAUGGGCUCGUGCUGCUCUGCUACUCCGAGCAGGAGCAGCAGAUCCACUGAAAAGAGCCCUGGGAGCCCAAAUUCCCUUUCCAACAGGCUGAAAUACUGAGCACUGAAAGGAAAGGAGUCCAGAGGCCACCAGGAUGAGCAGAAGGAUGGAGCAGCUCUGCUGGCAGGCAAGGCUGGCACAGCUGGGAUUGUUCAGAGUGUUCACCUGGACAGGAGAAGCUUUGGGGUGAGCUCACUGUGCCCCUGAGACCACUCAGGGGGACCUGGGGUGCCAGGAGGAGGGGAAAUGGCUUCAAACUGAAGGAGAGUGGGGUUAGCUGAGAUGUUAGGAAGGAAUCCUUCCCUGUGAGGGUGGGCAGGCCCUGGCACAGGGUGCCCAGAGCAGCUGGGGCUGCCCCUGGAUCCCUGGGAGUGCCCAAGGCCAGGCUGGAUGGGGCUUGGAGCAGCCAGGGAUGGUGGAAGGUGUCCCUGCCCAUGGCAAGGGGGUUGGAUCUGGAUGAUUUUUAAGGUCCCUUUCAACCCAAACUACUCCAUGGUUCUUUUGCCUAUAAAUGCCUUAAUUUAAACCCCACUUCAUCAGCAAUCCCAGCAACCCACAGUCCUCUGCAGAGCCAUCUCUAUUGUUAUGCUGCUUUUUCUGUCAUCUAAAGACUUUUGCAGCAGUUCUUUCGUGGUCAUUUUCAAAUUAUCAAAAAGAACAUUAACAGCACUAAUUCAUCAACAGAACUCUACUUGCACUGCGAUUCCCAGAAUUCCAUGACUUUUGCAGGUCUGUCCAUCUGUAUUUUGGACACUGGUGAGCCUUUUAGUCACAACUGCUGUGCACUGUUGUUAAAGGACAACAUUAUAUUUGUAAAAUCAUCUUUAUCAAUCACAUCUUUAAUAUCCCAGCAGACACAUUCCACAUUUUACUAUGGAAGAGCAGAUCUCACUGCAUGGAGACUGUUAUCCUAGGAAUGGCAAGUAUCCUUGGGAUUACUUCCCAAAAAGUUCAGGCAAAACCAGUUUUAACACAAAUACUAAACAAGACCAAACAGUUGCACGAGAUCAGCACCCAGUUGUCCUGACAGCAAAGCUUUGAUUCCUCAGCAUGAGACAUUAUUUUCUGUGGAGUUUUUCCCUCUUCUGCUUUGAUCACAGAAUUAAUUCAUGGCAGAUGAAAACAUUUGCAUAAAUGCCGGUUACUGCUUCAAAUAAAAAUCCACAGGAGAGUUUUAAUUCCUGGUUUUAUUGUUGUUUUACAUCAAUGUGGGGCUGGGUUUGGAUAGCCCAGAGCCCCCAGAGACUUUGCCAAGGUGGAAUUUAGCUGCACUUGAGCUGGUUUCCAAAGGGUUAAGGAAAAGGAAGCCUUGAUCCAAGCCAGAACAGCAUAAGGUCUGAGAGGCUCAUUAGUUCACUGGCACUCGAUAGGCUGCAGUGUCCUAGGAGGAAAUGAAACCUGCACUUCCUUCUGCCUUUGUUCUGCCCUGACAAAAGAAAACUGUACCUGUUUUUGCAGGAAACAAGUGACCUGAAAGUUCCCGUGGUGAGAGAGAUUUCACAGCGUGUGCAAAGUGUGAAAUGUAUUUUGAGGGGGGGAAAAAAAAAGUUUUUAAUUACUACUAACACUUCUGAGCCUUGAGCUGAUGGAAGGAUUGAAAACUGCUCUGCAGUCUCUCACAUUCAGCUCCCAUGCUGCUGGUGCCAAAAAUGUGGUUUUUUUAGCAAUGCUGCAGAUUUAAAAUGAAAUUAUAUUAUUGUUAAAAAGUCAGGAAUGUAAUUCUGUUCACACUACUGGAUUAUUUAUUUCCCACUCAUUUAAAGAGUAAUAGAGUUGUUGAACUGUAGAUUGAAUUUCAGAACGUGAACUGGAUGGGAAGAAAAACAGAACAAGUGUGAAGCAAAAGAUUAAAGGUGGCCCAAGUGUGGCUUCUCAUCAGAAACUGCCCCAAAAAAUGCCAGAUUUGGGCAAAAGCUGGAGCUGGCUCCUCAGCUGCAGGGAGUGGAGGAAUGCUCAUGGAAGCAGGUGAGGGCCAGCAGGUUUGGCAGCAACUGCAGAAAAUGCAGACAGUUAAAAUAAGGAUUUGUGCUCCCCAGGAGUCAGAGCUGGAAAUGGAGA